CCGGAUCAAUCAAAGUAUUUCUCGUGCUACCCUUAUCCAUAUUUUCCUCCAUACUUUCUCUGAACGCAAAUCCUUGGAGACAACGGAAUAUCCUUUCUGGGUAUUUUCUCUAAGGUGUCUAAUUUGCAAUUUCCAGAUAGGGAAGAUGAUUGGUAACCAUUAUGAGAAUUGGAUUGCUUCGUCGGAAGCAUUUGAUAAUGUGUUUGAUUGUGAGAAUGGAAGUAAAGUCUGUUUGAAGGAAGGGAAGGGAAGAAGAUUGUGGAAGAAAGUGAAAUAUCAGCUUAUUGAGUUUCAUUCCUUGCCUGCAUAUUUGCGGGAUAAUGAGUUCAUUCUAGGUCACUACAGAGCAGAAUGGCCAUUGAAGCAGAUUUUCCUGAGCGUCUUUUAUAUCCACAGUGAGACUCUUAAAGUGUGGAAGCAUUUGAUUGGAUUCUUCCUUUUCCUCUUUCUCACCAUACACACUGCAGCAAGGGCUCCGGAGAUUGUUGCUUUCAACUCGCUGCAGCGUUUACCUGAGUUGCUAAAGGGAACUGAUUUGCAUAAGAUUCAAAAGGAAAUCUUGAAUUGCCUGCCUUCCUUCCUUACCAAACAUGACUGAUCUUUACAAGUUGAAGGAUGAUUUGAAGACAUCUUUGCCUUCAAUUAAUUUUCGCACUUCACUUUCAAAUUGGAAUAUUUUAGAAGUUCUCACAAACUGCUUACCUGAGCGACUCUCUCGAAUCUAUCACCCAGAUGAUAGUGUCCUGAAUGGACUAAAAAGUGGUGAACGAACAUCAAUCAUACCUCCUCUCAUGGUUCAGCCAAUAACAAGAUGGCCUUUUUUAGCCUUCCUUGGUGGCGCCAUGUUCUGCUUACUAGCUAGCAGCACAUGCCACCUUCUUGCAUGCCACUCACAGCGCCUGUCCUACAUAAUGCUAAGAAUUGACUAUGCUGGCAUUGCAGCUCUCAUCUCAACCUCCUUCUUCCCUCCUGUUUACUACUCUUUUAUGUGCAAACCCUUCUUCCGCAACCGCUAUUUGGGAUCCAUUAUAACUUUAGGAGUUCUAUCCGUUGCAAUCUCGCUUCUUCCAGUCUUUCAGAAGCCUCAUUUUCGAAGUUGUCGUGCUUUGCUGUUCUUUGGGAUGGGCAUUUCAGGCAUUGCACCUAUACUUCAUAAGCUGAUAUUGUUCAAGGAUCAACCUGAAGCCCUUGAAACGACAGCUUAUGAGGUCCUAAUGGGAACAUUUUAUGGAACCGGAGCAUUGAUAUAUAUAUGCUACAAGAGUUCCGCAGAGGUGGAAGCCUGGGAAGUUUGACAUUGCAGGGCACAAUUACCAGCUUUUCCACAUCCUGGUAGUGGCAGGGGCAUACACCCAUUACCGAGCUGGUCUAGUCUACCUCCAUUGGCGAGACUCAGAAGGCUGCUACCAACCUUUAGACACUAGUUUAUGAGUUUUGAAGAUUGUCUUUACCAUGUUUUAACAAUGUUUGCUUGAUGUACUCAGCAACGAGAAAGGGAAGCAAUAAAAAAAUUUUGUUCCA